AUGGAUUUUUCCAACUGCACGGUCAUGGCCGUACACAACAAGAUCACCUCCAGUAAGGUCCUGCUGUCGCUCACGCUGUCUCUCCUGGCCCUGAUGACCACCGGCAUCAACUCGCUGGUCAUUACCGCCAUCAUCGUCACGCGCAAGCUGCACCACCCCGCCAACUACCUCAUCUGCUCGCUGGCAGUGACGGACCUCCUGGUGGCCAUCUUGGUCAUGCCCUUCAGCAUCGUCUACAUCAUCAAGGAGACGUGGAUCAUGGGCCAGGCCGUCUGCAACAUCUGGCUGGGUGUGGACAUUACCUGCUGUACCUGCUCCAUCCUCCACCUGGCGGCCAUCGCGCUGGACCGGUACCGGGCCAUCACAGACGCAGUGGAGUACGCCCGUAAGAGGACCAGCGUCCGGGCCACAGGGACCAUCGCCCUGGUCUGGGUCCUCUCCGUCUUCAUCUCCCUGCCCCCGCUGGUGUGGAGGCACCAGGGCGAGCGCAGCGACGAGUGCCUGAUCAAACACCACCACAUCGCCUUCACGCUCUAUUCCACCUUCGGGGCCUUCUACAUCCCGCUGGGCCUCAUCCUCCUGCUGUACUACAAGAUCUACCGCGCCGCCAAGACGCUCUACCACAAGAGGGGGGCCAGCCGGCUGACCCGGCAGGACACCAACGGCAGCGCUCUCCCCCGCUGCUCCGACCGGGAGCCGCAGAGCCCCGACGUCCUCAGCCUGCCCGAGAAGUCCUACUCGGACCCCUCCACCGAGGGCGACCGCACGCGCAUCGCCAUCCGCAGCCCGCGCUACGAGUCACAGCGGGAGAGGUCCUUCAAGAGGCAGCGCAUCUCCGGGACGCGGGAGAAGAGAGCGGCCACCACGCUGGGGCUGAUCCUGGGGGCCUUCAUCGUCUGCUGGCUGCCCUUCUUCCUGAAGGAGGUCAUCGUCAACACCUGCUCCUCUUGCAGCAUGUCUGCUCAAAUGGCCGACUUCCUCACCUGGCUGGGCUACCUCAACUCUCUGAUUAACCCACUCAUAUACACCAUCUUCAACGAGGACUUCAAAAAAGCCUUUCAGAAACUGGUCAAGUGCAGAUGUUAUCUCUGA